AUGAACACAACUGUUGCCGUAGUACCUCAACAGCAUUACUCCUUCGUCCAGUCCUCUCCACAUUACUUCCCUUACUCUCAAUAUUAUAUUACCAACGAUCAACAAGUGGCACUUCCACAAACAUCCCAGCAACAACAGCCACUUCAACAGCAACAGACACAGACAAACACACAGACAUUCUGCAGAUCAUACAACAACAACAACUCACAACCUUUGACACCUUUGGUCAUUGCACCAUUCUUAUCAACAUCCUCAUUCACAUCCUCAUCUUCAUCAACCUCAACCUCUGUAUAUACCUUCAACAACAACAAUAAUAAUAACAACUUGAUAUCACCAACCAACUCACCUUAUAUGGCCAUUCCAUCAUCUGUUGCAGCAAACUCUCUGGCGCUGGGCCGCCCAAGGACAAAGGUUGGAUGUAAGAACUCUGCUUGUGGCAUGCUGUCAAAGGACCGCAUCAACUUGCUGCUCAAGAUAAUCAAAGAGAAGAAUAAGGUAUCAUCAAUCGAUCAUUCUAUAACAAUUGUUCUGUCGAUCGAGGAGAUAUUGGCACUGAUUCUGGAGGAGCUGCAUCGUCGCGGCGUGGUCCUGGCCAACUAUGGCGUGCGACUUGUUGGCAGCACGGCGUCGGCGAUCAUCAACAGUCGACAGACCACGGCCGAGCAGUCGUCGGCCUUUUACAACGACAUUGAUCUAAGUCUGUACAUCACUCGUCAUUCGGACUUUGCCACGCUGCUCGACAUUGAGGAAACGAUAAUCGUGGCCGAGGUGCGUCGCCAGACUGGUCGCGAGCUCACCAAGAAGGACGUGUUUGAUCAGUUCUUCCGCGAGCGUGUCAAGGUGAACAACCGCGAGCACGACGCUGACAAGGACACGGACAACUGGUCGCUCAUCACCAUUGGACAUGAGAAGGAGCGUCUCAUCGACAUCAAGUUUGUCAAGAAGAUCCAGCGACCCUACGCAUUCUCGAUCGACUCAUUCCACAUCAUCCUUGAUCCCCUGGUCAAGGACUACAUGUCACUGUUGCCAAGCUGUGAGAAGAAGGACACGGUGAUUGAGUCAAUGGACCUCAUCGACACCUCCUCCAGUCCCAUCCCCAUCAUAAUGACACCAUCUUUGUCAGCCAGCUCGUCCGAGGCCGUGUCGCCAUCGACCUCUCCAGCACCCUCAACAUCAUCCUCAUCAAGCUCGUCACCGCGCACCAAUGGUGGCUUCCCAUUUGUAAACAUCAAUGCCUCCUCAUUUGAACGCGAGGAGGAGACACCUGUAUCAUCACCAACAUCACCAUUGCCAUCGCCAUCGCCCUGGAGUGCCGUCAGCCAGGUGUGGUCGUCAAUGCCCACCAGCGCUGCCAACACCUCCAGUCGCGACCAACAGCUGCAAUCCAGAGACGACUUGGACUUCCCUCCAUUGAUCCCUGUACAUUCAUGUAAACCAGCAACCUCUUUGCACUGCGACCUUAGCAAGCUCGAGAGUGCACUCUCUCCCCGUGACCCACCAACUCCAACCAAGCCACCAGCAUUGACCAUCACCAACUCGCUCACCCCACCAGCCGCUGGCACUCCUGGCGCCAACACCAACAACAAUCCACUGUAUCGUGUACAAGUCUUUAGCGUUUAUGGCAACUUCCACAAGGCCAAGCAAGACUUGGAGAACAAUCUGUUGGUGACAAAGGAUCCACAUCUGAUAAGGAGAGGUAUAUUUAGGUAUUGUGCCGAGAUGGCCAAGGGCCGCAUAUCAAGCAAUCCAAGCCUGUUCAACGAGGUGUUCCGCGAGAGCUUCUUCACUCAGGACAAGAUGAAGCCAGCAGAGUUUGAAAAGACUUUGCUCAAAUAUGUCAUCAAGCAUCGAGCUGAGGCCAAGAGCUUCCUCAAGCAUCUAGAGUCCAUCCUCAUCCAGCCCUACACUCCCAGUCCUUCAAGUUCAGUGACUGGCACACCCACAAGCUCACCUCAACUUCAUGGUAUCUCAACAUCAUCAUCGUCAUCGCCAGUGUCAAGGCCACCCUCGCCACAGGUUAUCUUUGAUCUUGAGGACAACAACAGCAGUGUUGUCAACAACAUUGUCAACAACAACAAUGCCAACAACAACAUAAGCAGUAACAGCGAGACCAAGUUCGAUGUAUACUACUUUGAUUAUCUGAAUAUCAUUGCCAACAUACGCCAAUCACUUCAUUGUGAUGAUAAGUUUGAUCAACUGUGUAGUAGCAAGUUGCAACACGAUGGCACUUCAAUGUCCAUGUUUCCCAACAACAACAACAAGCAAGGUUGUUAA